AUGCUUUCUUGGCGCUGGCAACGAGAAGGGGGGAUAGGGGGUCACCUUGGAACGUGCCCCGUCUCCACUGCUCCCCCCUCCCCUCGAGGAGACAGGGCAGUGCGAGAUAAGGCGGCAGUCAGAAGUGAGGGUGGUUUUACAGAGUGCGACCCGGGGGAGGCCACCAAGCUGCUGUACGACCUUCUGUACACGGAGCCCAUAAAGAUCGUGCUGAUGCCGGGCUGCAGCUCCGUGUCCACGCUGGUGGCGGAGGCGGCGCGCAUGUGGAACCUCAUCGUGCUGUCGUACGGCUCCAGCUCCCCCGCGCUCUCCAAUCGCCAGCGCUUUCCCACUUUCUUCCGGACGCACCCCUCGGCCACGCUACACAACCCCACCAGAGUGCAGCUCUUCCAGAAGUGGAAGUGGACCAAGAUCGCCACCAUCCAGCAGACCACCGAAGUCUUCACCUCUACGCUGGACGACCUGGAGGAGCGCGUGAAGGAGGCGGGCAUCGAGAUCAGUGUCCGCCAAAGCUUCCUCACUGACCCAGCCGUGGCCGUCAAGAACCUGAAGCGCCAAGACGCCCGGAUCAUCGUGGGGCUCUUCUACGAGACGGAGGCCAGGAAGGUCUUCUGCGAGGUCUACAAGGAGAGGCUGUUUGGGAAGAAGUAUGUGUGGUUCCUGAUCGGCUGGUACGCAGACAACUGGUUCAAGAUCAAAGACCCAGCCAUAAACUGCACCGUGGAGCAGAUGACCGAGGCCGUGCAGGGUCAUGUGACCACGGAGAUUGUCAUGCUGAACCCCGAGACGGUCCGAGGGGCUUCCAACCUGACCUCGCAGGAGUUUCUGGAUCAGCUUAUGUCUAAACUGGGGGGAAAGAACCCAGAGGAGACUGGAGGCUUCCAGGAGGCUCCUCUGGCCUAUGACGCGGUGUGGGCCCUGGCCCUGGCCCUCAACAAGACAGUGGGGCCCCUGAAGGCCAAGGGCUACAGGCUGGAGGACUUCAACUACAACAACAGAGAGAUCACCGCAGAGAUCUACAGAGCCCUCAACACCAGCUCUUUCGAAGGCGUGUCGGGUCACGUGGUGUUUGAUGCACAAGGUUCUCGAAUGGCCUGGACUCUGAUCGAACAGCUCCAAGAACCCCGCUGUGCUCCCAAGGCCACAGCCGUCAACUCACGCUUCUAUAGAAGUCCCGUGCAACAUUCUACGUUUCUGCGAUUCUUUGGUCUGACGUUGUGUGGAGGAACAUCACAGGAGGACUGCUCUCCCAGGGCCAUAGUGUCCUUUAGGAGAACAGUGGGGUCUGCAUCUCCAAAAAGAAGAGGGAGAUGA